CCUCCAUCUUGCCCUUCCAACCCUUUGCUCCCAUUGCUGUGCUUCACCCGUUUCGUCUCGUUACGCCCUCACGCCUCAUCAUUGACCCAUCGAUCGAUCACUCAUCGAUCCGUCGCAUCAUCAAGGCUCGAGAACAGGCGUCUCGGAGUCUGCCAGGCCCCGCAAAAAUCAUCUGUCCCGUCAUCGUUACGCUUCCUACGACUCUACGACUUCCAUAGCAGCGCAGCGCAGCGACGACCAGACGACCGGACGAUAGCAACGACAUAGCCAGCUCGACAUUGAAGACUGCUAGGAUAGGACACGCACGCGCUAUCUGCCACAGACCAGCCUCAUCACAUCAACGAAGACCAAGUUCUUGACAAGCAUCACUCUACCUCUCAUCACUUUCGCGUUGGCCUUGGCGCUCUUUCCAGCUGCAGUCUUCCGCGACACGCCCUCCGACCCACCACUCAGCAUCUCUCCGCCAUCAUGUCCGGUGACGAGCGUCAGGCAGCUCUAGAGCAGCGCUUCAAUGCCAUGUCCUUUGGCGCUGGGGGAGCAGGAGCAGACGCCGCCGCGGACUCCACUACUUCCUACUAUCAGCCUCAAUCUGCUUCAGCACGAUUCGAGCGCUUUUUCAACACUGGCCCACCUUCUAGCGAGCAGACGCCCACCGGAUAUGGCCAUCUACCCCUUCCUCCUAGCAGUGCUAUGGGGUACCAUCCGCCGCCGCCGCAGCAGCAACAGCAUCAGUACCAACAGCAGCAGCUUCAGGCUCAACAGCAGCAAUACUACGGCAAUGCGACUGGUGCUCCAUCGAGCAGCAUUCCUGCAGGCUACAAUGCAUUUGGUGGAUCUGGCAUCAUACCCAGUAACAUGGGCUCGUUUGGAAGCGGCCGCCCCAGGCAGGCUGCUAGGAACGGCGCAUAUCAGUGGGACUCGUCGCUGAGCCCGCAUGUCGGAGGCAAUGCCUCCCUCUCUUCCCCGCUCUCCCCGCAUGCCACCCUUGUCACUCCACCCCCAGGCUCUACGCAGACUGGGCCACAGGGAUACUAUGGCGCUCCUCUAGACAGCGGCGCCUAUGCCGGACAGGGCCAGCCAAGCUUCGCAGACGAAGACGUGAUUCCGACGGCAAUUGUAGUCAAGAAUAUUCCCUUCAGCGUCAAAAAGGAGCAGCUUCUGCAGAUCAUCGAAGAACUCCGCAUCCCUAUGCCGUAUGCCUUCAACUACCACUUUGACCAGGGCAUUUUCCGCGGUCUCGCAUUCGCCAACUUCAGAUCUUCAGAGGAGGCGGACGCUGUCGUUGCUGCUCUCAACGGCUUCGACGUAGCAGGCCGCAAGCUGCGAGUGGAGUACAAGAAGGUGCUCCAAGUAGGUGAAAAGGAGAGGAUCGAGAAGGAGAAGGCAUUGAAGCGGAUGAGAAGCAUGCAGAUGGAAAAGGACAGGGUCAGGAGAGAAACGGACCCUAGCGCUGUGCCUCCUCUUCCAUCGCCAUCGACAGCCUUACCCCAAGGCUCAGCCCUCGGCGUCGACACGUACGGCGCGGGCAGUACCAGUGGCGGCGACCCAUAUGGCAAUGGCUUGCAGCAACAGCCGGAUCGCCUCUCUCCACCCAUCUCCCGCAGCCCCGUCCCUGCUGACAGGGCUUCGCCAACAAGCGCCAGCGAUGCCCCUCCUUCCUCUUCAGGAAAGCGCGAAGAGCUCGACCUCAACGAUCCGCAAGCCUUGGAGAUUUACUCGCGUGUCCUCCUAUUCAAGGACGAUCGUAUGCGCGAUGAGUUGGCCUUCUCCCGCAUUUUGUCCCCGCAAGAGCGUCGCACUGUGCAUCUAGUGGCGCAGAAGCUGAACCUGUACCACUACUCUGUGGGCGAGGCGGAAGAAAGACACGUAAUCGUGACGAAGAAUGAAGUCAGAAGCCCCUCGGCGGGGAGUAGGCCACUCAGGUCGCAGGCGUCGACCAUUGGGCGAUCACAGAGAGCUGGAGACCAAGCAGCUGCCGCAGCAGCGGCGGCGGCAGGCGGCGGGAUUGGUGGUAGCGGAGCAGGGACCUUCGCCUCUAUCAACAGGCGAAGCUCAGGUAUGCUUCGAGGCAAGAAGUCUGCACCGGACAUCAAGCGCAAUCGUGGGGAGAUGCAGUACGACAUCUCCACGAUGCCAUCGGGCGGGUACGGGUCGGCUGCUCACUUCUCGACGGCCAAUGGGCUGACCCAGUCGUUGGGGAGGAAGAGCAAUGGCAAUUUGAGGGAAGGGUACGGAUCCACGUCGGCAAUGAGUUCCUCCGCGAAGGGGCGCACGGCUGGUGGAGGAGGAGGAAUUGGCGGUGCGGCAGGAUUGCAGAGUCUCUUUGCGUCGCCAUUUGAGGUGCCGCCCGUCCCUUCGUUGGGCACGUCGUACGGGCCCGAGUCUACUGGAUAUUCUACUUCAGUCGGCGGCAAUGGUGGUAGCACCAUCAGCGGCGGAGCUAAUGGCGCCCUUCGCCAACCACGUGGGCCUCCUACUCCGGGCCAGUCGACCGAGAGCCGCAACUUUGCGCCGCGUAUCAAUCGAAUGGCGGCAAAUGCAGCAGCGGCCGCGGGAUCAUCGUCACAGGGAUCGACGGAAGGAAGCAGCGAUAAAGUGGGAUCUUCAGACGUGCGGCCACAGUAUGGGGCCGAUAUGGAGGGGAGAUUGGCUAGCAUAGACGUGCAGUCGAGGGAGCCGUUGGAGUAGCAUGGCGUGGCGCGUGGGCAAAGAAAUAUUGACGACAAAGACGACUUUGAUGCACGCCACGCCCUUGGCUACGAAGCCACUCCCUUUUCUCUCUCUUGUUCUCCCUAUUAGCUUCCAUGUAGCUCGGCCUGGCUCUAUGUUGACGCUGCUCUAGUCUCUUGCAAAUUGACGUCUCGUCUCUAGUGUUGCUCCCUUUUGCCGUGAUGGCUGC